AUGGUUGAAGGGAGAAAGUUAGAGCCGCAAGACUUUCAGUUUGUCGAAAUUUUAGGUAGAGGAGCUUAUGGUCGGGUCGCUAAAGCAGUUAGAAAAGAAACUGGAGAAACUUUUGCAGUCAAAAUCAUAGAGAAAGCCCACUUAAAGAAAGAAAAUAAAGCACGACAAGCUUUGAUCGAAAAAAAUAUUUUGGCAAAACUAAGAGACCACCCAGGCACAGUGCGACUUCACCAUACUUUUCAAGACACAGAAAACCUCUACUUUGUGCUCGAGUUCUGUCCCAAUGGUGAUUUACUUGAUCUUAUCAAUAAUUUUGAAGGACAUUUUCCUAUAGAGCUUGCAAGAUUCUACACAGCUGAACUGAUAGAAAUAUUGGAUGUAUUGCACCAACAUGGCGUAAUCCAUCGAGAUCUGAAGCCGGAAAACCUUUUAUUGUCCCAAGAUUUCCACUUAAAACUAAGUGACUUUGGGACUGGCAAAGAAAUAAAUCCAGACCCAGAUGGAGCUGAGCUUAGUAGGGAAAGACGAGGCACUUUUGUAGGAACUGCUGAGUAUGUAUCUCCUGAAGUCCUGCUAGACCAAGAAGUCGGCAAAGAAGCUGACCUCUGGGCUUUAGGCUGCAUAAUUUACCAAUUUGUAAAUGGGAGGCCUCCAUUCCAAGCUAUGAAUGACUAUUUGAUAUUUGAGCUGAUAAAGGAAAGCAGAGUAAACUAUCCAGACACAAUGCCAUAUGAUGCUGUAGAUCUAGUCAUCAAACUGCUUGUUUUAAACCCAAAAGGAAGACUUGGUGCAGGAAAUCCUGGUGAGGCUAAUGAUAUGAGUGCUUUGAAAAAUCAUCCUUUUAUUCAAGGAAUUGAUAUGGAAAGGAUCUUUGUGACCCCAAUUCCAUAUGAUAAUAUGCCUGAUAAAUCAAAAGACUCCUCAGAUGAUGAAUUAGAGGUCCAGCUGCUAAACAGAGAGAAUAGAGACCGUGGAGUCGUCAUGACGGGGCUAGUCAAGAAAAAAGCAGGGUGGGUUUAUAAGAAGCGGCAGCUAACUAUUACAAAUCAGCCAAGAAUUUUAUAUAGCGACAUUGACAAUAACUAUAAAGGAGACGUGCCACUUUCAGCUGAAGUUCGAGCAGAGCUUAGAGGAGGCAAAGAUUUCGCAAUUGUGACACCGAGUAGGACAUAUUUUUUUAAAGAAAUUAUUGGAGAUCCUCAGAAGUGGGUGGAUGGGAUAAAUAAAUUUAUUCGAGAGCAUUUUGGAAGACAUUAA